AAAGUCUUGCUAUGUUGUCCAGGCUGGUCUCGAACUCUUGGACUCAAGCAAUCCUCUCAACUCAGCCUCCUGAAUUGUUGGGAUUACAGGCUACAGACAAGAGAAAAGCUUUAGAAGAAACCAAAGCCUAUACAACCCAAUCUCUAGCUAGUGUUGCUUAUCAAAUAAAUGCAUUGGCCAACAAUGUACUCCAAUUGCUGGACAUCCAAGCCUCUCAGCUUCGGAGAAUGGAGUCUUCCGUCAAUCAUAUCUCACAGACUGUGGAUAUUCAUAAAGAGAAAGUGGCUCGAAGAGAGAUUGGUAUUUUAACAACAAAUAAGAAUACAUCAAGAACUCAUAAAAUAAUAGCACCUGCAAACAUGGAGCGCCCUGUAAGGUAUAUUCGGAAACCAAUUGACUACACAGUUCUGGAUGAUGUGGGCCAUGGUGUCAAGUGGCUAAAAGCCAAGCAUGGAAAUAACCAGCCUGCAAGAACUGGCACACUGUCGAGAACAAAUCCUCCUACUCAGAAACCACCAAGUCCUCCCAUGUCAGGCCGGGGAACACUGGGACGAAAUACUCCUUAUAAAACCCUGGAACCUGUUAAACCCCCAACAGUUCCUAAUGACUAUAUGACAAGUCCUGCUAGGCUUGGAAGUCAGCACAGUCCAGGCAGAACAGCUUCUUUAAAUCAGAGACCAAGGACACACAGUGGAAGUAGUGGAGGAAGUGGAAGUCGAGAGAACAGUGGAAGCAGUAGUAUUGGCAUUCCCAUUGCUGUGCCUACACCUUCACCACCCACUAUUGGACCAGAAAACAUAUCUGUCCCUCCUCCUUCUGGAGCUCCACCAGCACCACCUCUGCCACCACUUCUCCCAGUGAGCACUGUGAUAGCAGCCCCGGGCUCAGCUCCUGGUUCCCAGUUUGGCACAAUGACCAGGCAGAUAUCUCGACACAACUCUACCACUUCUUCGACAUCUUCUGGUGGAUACAGACGAACUCCCUCUGUGACUGCUCAAUUUUCUACUCAGCCUCAUGUUAAUGGAGGUCCACUUUAUUCUCAAAAUUCAAUUUCUAUUGCUCCACCCCCUCCCCCUAUGCCUCAGUUGACUCCACAGAUACCUCUCACAGGCUUCGUGGCCAGGGUGCAGGAAAACAUUGCUGAUAGUCCAACUCCUCCACCACCGCCUCCUCCAGAUGACAUUCCCAUGUUUGAUGACUCCCCACCUCCGCCGCCGCCACCUCCCGUGGAUUAUGAAGAUGAGGAGGCAGCAGUAGUUCAGUAUAAUGAUCCGUAUGCAGAUGGGGAUCCUGCUUGGGCUCCCAAGAAUUAUAUUGAGAAAGUUGUUGCAAUAUACGAUUAUACAAAAGACAAGGAUGAUGAGCUGUCAUUUAUGGAGGGUGCAAUCAUUUAUGUUAUAAAGAAGAAUGAUGAUGGCUGGUAUGAAGGAGUCUGCAAUCGAGUGACUGGUCUGUUCCCUGGGAACUAUGUUGAAUCAAUCAUGCACUAUACUGAUUAAGUUUUUCCUUUGCUUUUAAAGUAGGUUCUUAUUAUUACUCAGUCAUACUGUGGGACUAUUAUGGUUAACAGAAUUGUCUUAAUAUGUUUUAAAAUGUGCCCAUAUUUUCAGGACAUGCUGUUUUAUUGAUAUAAUUGAAUGUCUACCUAUAAGCAUAAAUCUUUGAGGCAGUUUAUCUAUUGCUAAACAGCAAUUUAUAGAGGCUGUCCAUAACUGAUUAUGCUUAUAUACUUAACUUACACAUUUUUAACUUUAUGACCAGCCUAAAUAUUCUGGGGAAGUGGGGUAUAAUAUUUAACGAAUCAUGAUUCAGAUUGUACCAUUACAUGUUUCAGUGCAGCAUGGUUACUAACGCUAUGUCAGACUAAUAUUAAAAUCAGAAAACUUAAGUGCUGGUGCUGGUCAUACUUUUUGUUUAGAUUCUCUCAUUUUUUUUAAAAAAAAUACUGUUUGUUUAAAGCAUGCAUAAAAAUUUAUGUAUUGAAAUAUACUUAAAAAUUCCAAGAUGCUUCCAAUUUGUGUAGUAUUCGCCUGGAGGACUCAUACUUUAGGUCUCUUAAAAUGAAUCGAGUCUCCAAGUUCUCUUUGUGAAACAAAAGAAGCAAAAAGAUGAUUAUCUGUAAUGUUGUAAUUUGUACCUAAGUUUUUUAAUGAGUGAAAUUUGCAUUAUAAAUUUUUUCCAUUCAUAAAUACAUAAGUGAACCAAAGGUUUUUGUCCUUUCCUUCACUGGUUUGCUUUUAAAAAUAAAGAAAAGAUAAUGAUUUAUUGCAGAAUUAUGGUUCUAUUUUCUCAAUAUAUUAACUUGAAAAAAAAAAUUUAGCCUUAUCUCAAGCUGUUCCAGCAGUCAUGUGACGAAUUAUUGCAGAUUCCAAAUCUGAGCUGGUUAUUUACGAGUUAACCUCCUGAAUUCCUUUUUUAAAGUAACUUUUGAAGCUAAGAAAAUGUAUCAAAGUGUGCAUAUUCAUUCUGUACGCAAAAUUCUUAAGGACUGCCAUAUCCGUCAGUUUUACAGUGGACUGUUGUACACUGGUUCAAUAAAAGGAAAUUAUAAGUAUCUUUUACAUAUUGUAAAAGUGGAUGCAGUUGAUUUGUGAAUAGGUGUUAUUUAAUCCACUACUUGGCAGUAGCAACAUUAAAAUUUUAAAAUAAAAAAUUGGGAAAGAAGGUAGGGUCAUGUAUUAAAUCAGUGAACAGAGAUAUAUCUAACCAACAGAUUUGUAUUGUCUUUUGACAUAAUUGAAAUGCAACACAUGCACUUUGUGUGUCUCCUCUUAUUUUAAGGGAGGGUUAGAUGGAUGUUUUCUCUUCUUGUGUAUAAUUCUACAUUGCUUAGGAUAUUAAAGUAGAAGACUCAAGUGCAGGUUUCUGUGUAUUGAUGAUUUGUUUGGAUUUCAAAUUAGUUAUGUACUGGACAUUACAGACUUAUAAAAGCAUAGUGAAUGGUAAGAUUAGUACAAAACAUUUAUUUCUGAAAAUUAAAGACCAUUAUUGCUACCAAA